AUUUAAAGGUUACAGAGAGGCAUACCUCAGCCAAGUAUUAUAGCAAACUCAGGGAUGUCGGACCCAUUCAUGUGCUCACGCGGGGAAGCGCUUCGCCUGGCCUUCAUCGCCUUUGCCAGCUAUGGGAAAGGACAAGAGCUGAAACAAGAUAUGGACAACAAGAACUUCAGCAAAUGCAUAAAGGACUCAGGCAUCAUGGACGCCAAGUGCAUCACGGCAACAGAGGUGGACAUCACCUUCAUGAAGGUCAAGGAGAAGACCGCGCGCACCAUCAAUUUCGAGCAAUUCGCUCUGGCGCUUGAGUCCUUCGCCUCCAAGAAGGGAUGCCCGGUUGCACAGCUGGAGGAGAAGAUUGAGGGCGCGCAGCCGAAGAACAACGCCACGAUAGCGCAGGCCGUCAAGUACCAUGACGACAAGAGCCUGUACACGGGCGUGUACAAGAACGGCGGGCCCACCAAUGUGGACAAGGGGCCCACCAAGGCCGGCGGCCUGGCCUCACACCUGGACAGGAGCCCGGCGGACGUGCGUGGUGUCAAGAAGUAAGGCCUGAGGCCUUGGGGGUCUGCGGGGGACAAGUGCAACAUAGGCCGAGGAAUACUGGCGGAUGCACGGGGCGAGCACCAGGGCCUCUGCGCUGUCGCCGGGUGCGGGGUUCCUGCUUCAUAUAUAAAGAAACGCAUAUGCCCGUAGACCUGAGGAAGCCUUUGUCUCGCGGUGUGAAGCGGCUUUGAUGCAAAGUGAAGGGGAGUGGAUGGCUUGAGCGCUUUGAACCUUGGCUGUGGAAUAAGACACCAUGCACGGCACGGACAGACCUGCUGGAGCAUUGCCGGCAAACACAGCAUAGCCUCAGACCAGUGCGUCUUCUGCAACACGAAGGGCACAUGUGUACUGGCAGCAUGCAUGGGGCGGCGGGAUAGGUGGGUUCGACCGUACAUGCAUGGAUGUGCGUGCCUUGGCCUGUGAAUUUAUUGAGGCGUGUGCGGCGACUUGUUCUGAACGACUGGGCUGAGGGCUUGCGCACCGUACCACGUCGCCGUGACGUCGCUGAUGGGAUCUGGGGCACUGACCUUGCGUUUGCUGUAACGAGGGCCAUGG